AUGACCAGGAUCCUGUCGCUAUCCAUGACGGCGUCGAGCCGGUGGGCGAUCGUCGGCAUGGUGCGACCCUUGAACUCCUCGUGCCUUGUACCCAACCCACAAACCCCACCACCUCGCCUCCCUCAUUCUCUCACCAUGCGGCCAUCGAUGACCAGGAUCAUGUCGCUAUCCAUGACGGCGUCGAGCCGGUGGGCGAUCGUCAGCAUGGUGCGACCCUUGAACCUCUCGUGCCUUGUACCCAACCCACAAACCCCACCAUCGCGCCUCCCUUAUUCUCUCAACAUGCCGCCAUCGAUGAACAGGAUCCUGUCACUAUCCAUGACGUCGUCGAGCCGGAUCCUGUCGCUAUCCAUGAUGGUGUCGAGCCUGUGGGUGAUCGUCAGCAUGGUGCGACCCUUGAACUCCUCGGCUCUGCCCUGUACCCAACCCAUAGACUCUGCCACUUGUCUCCUUUACUCACGCACCAUUUCGGCAUCCAUGACCAGGAUCUUCACGCUAUCCAUGAUGGUGUUGAGCCGGUGCGCCCUCCCCAUUGCCUCCCACACCUCGCUAUCACGGCGCUUAUUGAACGGAUCCAUGUUGACAUGCAAUGUGCCUGGAGGGGGUGGAGGGGGGAUGAAUGGGGGCGGAAGGAGGGAUGGAGGAGGGGAAGGGGGCGGAGGGGGGUCGGAAUGGGGGAUGGAAGGAGGGGAGAGGGGAAAACAGGGGGGGAUGGACGGAGAGGGUCAAGAGCCUUCUGAGUCUCUCCCUCCCUCCCACACCUCCUCAUCGCCAGGUGACUUCUGA